AUGACGGUCGAUAUUCGAUCGGGCAAAAGGGGGCACCAAAGACGCCCUCUAUGUCUGCGUCUAUAUCACGAGACACGAGCGCACUUGAAGGGGGAUGAAGACGAAGAAGACGAACAAGAAGAGGAUAACUGGGUUGACAACGACGAUGAUGAACGAAACGCAGACCAUGAAUCGACUGAGGGGGUCGCUCUAGCGGAGGACAAGCCUCCCGCUGUGUCUGGCAAGAAAGACAGGCCCGACGUGGAGAUCAGAUGCAAAGUGCCCGAUGUGCCCCUUGCUACGGAGUACAGUGGCGGCGAGUUCUACUUUGUUCGCGCGUGUUAUGAUGUCUACUAUAAAAAGGUGGAAGAUCUGCUACUAAAUGAUAAGAAACAAUGUGUGACAGUGACCGGGACCCCAGGAAUUGGGAAGUCGAUCUUCUACGCCUAUUUCUUGGAUCGGUUCAAGAAGGCCAACCCAACCUGGACUAUUAUUGCGUCAGCGCAUACUCCGGAAGCAGAAGUCACAUCGCUGGCUGUGUUUAAACCUGGUGAGGAAGCCGAGCACUUUCCUUGGGUGGACGCGAGCAUUCUAAGAACUGCGAUUUUGGACGUACUGGGCAUGGAUCUCAGUGAUAAGGCAACCUUGAAGCGAGAUCGAAAGAAUUUACUUUGGCUGUGUGAUGGACCGCCACAGGGAGCAACACUCCGCCAAACGGUGGUGUUUACAAGCCCAAACGAGAGAUGGCUGAAACGAGUAAGAAAAGAACGUCGCACUUACUACAUGCCUCCCUGGAAACUUGAAGAGCUGCAACUAGCUGCUUCUGUUCUGGAAUACCCCUUUAGUGAUGAUGAGAUGGAAGAACGAUUCUGGAAUUUCGGUGGAGUGGCUCGCAAUUGCUUCUUGCUUAAGCGAGAAGAGGUUGUGCUUACUAUUCGAGAUUUGACGAAACCGAUCGAGCAGAUUACUAACCGUGGACAUCUUGAAAACCUGCUUACGAAUAGGAUAAACACUACCACAAACCACGAUUUCUUGCAUUACGAGCCCAUUGGUGAUGGAAGACUUGGUUUGUUGGAACUAGUCAAGACCAAUCCCAAGCGAGCUGCGCUUGUCUUCAUGGUUCCUCAAUCUGGUAUGAAGGACUUUGAACUACAGAAUGUCGUCUCUGAUGAGGUGCCGCCACAUUCGAUCAAAGACAUAAAAGGCAUUGGACCUGCCACAGCGAGUACUGGUGCAGAGUACGGCAUCCAUACAGUCGACGAAUUCAAGAGAGCAGUGGAUCCCUUUAAACAAGGAGAGAUGGAGAUGAAAAAGAAGAAACACGAAUCCGAUUGGACACGCGCCGUGAAGAGGUGGGAGACGCAUAAAAAGCUGAACAAGGCCGAGAACAUCACGAUGGUGAAAAAUAUUCCCCAAUAUGUGGCGCCGUCUGAUUAG